AGGUGCAUGGCGUGCUGGCGUACUAGAACUCGAUUUUCCCCGUGAAAACCCGCCUAUUUGCGGUGAAAGUGUAGCAGAACAGUUUGCUUAACACCGCCACCGAACGAUUGUGCCUCUUCCGUGUGCCAAAUGGUAUCUGCAGGGUGUGAAAAGUCGCUCGGAAAAAGUGUCUAGCAAAGUGGCAAUUCCGCGCGAGGUGUGCGUGCGUGUGUGAAUGUGUGUCGCGUUUGUGUGUGGUUCUUCGUAAGGAAAACGCAUUCGUUGCUCUUCUCACGCUCACCAACCACGCCUCACACGCAUGUGUGAAUGCUCGUCGAGUGGCCCCAGCAAGUGGGAAGUGUGAGCCGCUGGAGGAUCGAACGCUGCGGCCCGUCGUGGCCAUCUCGGGGACCAGUCGACCGUCUCAAGCUGCCGUGCCUGAACGUCACCAAAAAAGAAAAAAACGGCUGACCCCGCGCAGAGGCCCCAGAGGUGAGGCCACGGUCUGCCCCGAUGUGAGGCCGUCGAACCGUGAGCAGCGACCGGGGAAGGGAAGCAGCCGUCGACUUCCGCAAUCGAACAGCGUGCCACCAUGAUGGCCGUUCGUGCGUGAAACACAGCACCGAGUGCACGUCGUCUUUUCGAAGUGAAUAAAUGGUCGCUUGCUUCGUGUGUCAGCAAAAGAACAAACCACCCCGACACCGCCCGCGACGAUGCAUUCUUUCCACUGGAAAUCGAAGCAUCACCAGAAGAAGCAGCAGCUGAAGCCGCAGGGGAAGUCCAGGAAGCUGAAGGCAUCCUUCUUGAUAGCAGCCGGCGCUCCGCAGCAGCUUUUGCAGCAUCUGGCCGGCGUAACGCGACCGGCACGUCGCCACACCAAACGUCUUUUGCAGCUUCAGCAAAGUCAGCACUACUCGGCGAGGAUUUUAACGCCCCCCGGACAGCAUCGGUACGAUCAGCAGCAACGGGAGGGGCAACAACGGACGCAAUGCUCUUUGAGCUAUAGAAAUUUACGUUCAAAGUGAAGUGUCCGCUUUAUAUGCUGGUGGAAGCGCAAUCAAGUGUGAAGGGAUCACGUGAAGGGAUUCAUCUGAGAGUUUGAGGGAAAAACAAAAGUAAAAGAACAACAGUGGAGGGGGCGCGCGGAGUGUGUAGUAUAAUAGUGUAAUUUUAGUGCAAAUAGUAGCUGUAAGUAACGGUUAAUAUAGCACAACGCAUAAGCGCAACCAUCUCGAUAACAACAAAAGGGGCAAAAUUGUCACCGCUCGGUACGAAGUAUAGCUAGCCAAAAGUGAGCUCCUCAACUGUACCGUAUAACUACUACCUCGUGUAAGUGAAGACUACCGACCGGUGACUAAACAGCUACGUCAAUUGAUCGUUCUCGUGCGCUACUAGGUGCGUGUGGUAGUCGUUAGUCGGGAGAAAGAGAAACCGUUGCAGUACGCCGAACCCCGGCAACAUCGUGGAUUAGUGAGGCGGGCAAAGUAGCAAGGCCAUCGCGAUGGCAACGCCAAACUAUAAGGAGCUGAAGCUUCAGUCACCGGCCGGCGCGGAACCGUUUCUGUAUAACUGGCCGUUCUCGAUCGGCACCGGGCACGAUUCCGGCAUCGAGCUGAUCGAGAAUGUGCGCUGGGUGUGCGAGGACAUGCCGGAGAUCAAGUCCGCCAUCGAGGAGAUCGAUCUGAACAAGCUCGAUACGGGGGACUACGAUGCGAUGAAGAAUCUGUGCGACCGGUUUAACCGGGCGAUCGAUAGCGUGGCGGCACUGCAAAAAGGCACGUCACUAUCGAAUCAAAGGUUCACCUAUCCGUCGCGGGGGCUCCUGAAGCACAUCAUACAGCAGGUGUACAACCAGGCGGUGGUGGAACCGGAAAAGCUUAACCAGUACGAGCCCUUCUCGCCGGAGGUGUACGGUGAAACGUCGUUCGAUCUGAUCUGCCAGAUGAUCGACCAGGUGAAGAUCACCGCGGACGAUGUGUUCGUCGAUCUCGGGUCGGGCGUCGGGCAGGUGGUGCUGCAGAUGGCCGCUUCGACGCCGGUGAAGGUGUGCUUCGGCAUCGAGAAGGCGGACGUGCCGUCCAAGUACGCCGAGGGAAUGAACACCACGUUCAAGCUGUGGAUGCGGUGGUUCGGCAAGAAGUACGGCGACUACGAGCUGAUCAAGGGCGAUUUUUUGGCCGACGAGCACCGGGAAAAGAUCACCUCGGCGACGAUCGUGUUCGUGAACAACUUUGCGUUUGGUCCGAACGUUGAUCAUCAGUUGAAGGAGCGGUUUGCGGAUUUGCGCGACGGCGCCCGCAUCGUCUCGUCGAAGAGCUUCUGUCCGCUGAACUUUCGGAUAACCGAUCGCAAUUUGAGCGACAUCGGGACGAUCAUGCACGUGAGUGAAAUGAGUCCGCUUAGGGGAUCGGUGUCGUGGACGGGUAAACCGGUGUCGUACUACCUGCACAUCAUUGAUCGGACCAAGCUGGAGCGGUACUUCCAGCGGUUGAAGACGAAAGGCACGGAAAACCAUGACGGAUCGCUUGGUGCGGGGGGUGGUGGAAGUGGAUCGCACUCGACGCGUGCCUCUCGGUCGCGCAAGGACAACAGCCACCAUCACCAGAAGGCGAUCACGCACGACGACAGCACGUCCGAGAGCGAUGCGGACGUGGUGGUGCCGUCGGCACGCAAAACCUGGUCCGACUGGAACAGCAGUAAGGAAGGCAAGACGAGCCCAUCGGAAGAGGAGAACAACAACUCGCCGGUGCUGCGCAACGGGCGCAUCCCGGUGGCCACCAAGAAGCGGCGCAAGAUUACCCGCAACAAGGUACCGGUCAAGAAAUCGGAUCUCGCAGCUGCAGCCUCUUCGGCGGCGGCGGCAGGCACUAUUGCGGUCGCACAGAGUAACGCUGCGAUGGAGGGGGUGGCUGCUGCAGCCGUGGCCGUCGCGGCCAUGGUGGGUGGUAAGAAGCGGGGGCGCGUCAAGAAGGGACGCCAGCGAAGGCCGCUCAAUAUUGCCGGGUUGGAUCUGCUGCAUAACGAAACGCUGCUCAGCACGUCGGAUCAGAUGAUCGGCAAGCGGCUACCGCCGGCACCGGGCUGCGUGGACCAGCAGCUCACCUCGUUGGCGGGCGACAUGCAGCAUAACGAGCUGGACAUUCCCGAGGCCCCAUCGGAGACGCCGUACGCGUUGCAGAUACUGCUCGAUCUUUACAAAACUCAAUUCAUGAAGGCAAUCGAAGCGAUGCGCAAACCCACGUACAAGGACAACGUCCACCAGCAGAUCGAGCGGGAAAAGGAACGCAACCAGUGGCUGCUGAACCGGGCCGGGCAGCUGGAGAAACAGAUCAAGGUACUGAUCGACGACAGCGUGGCGUUGUUGAAAGCGCGCAUGAACGAGCUGGGCAUCAGCACGACGAGCCAGAACGAUCUGCUGUGCAAGGCGAAGGAGAUCGUCGGCCGGCACAAGGAGCUGCAAGGUAUGGCGGCCCGGUUGCAGAACCAGGUGAACGCGAUAGAACAGGACCAGAAGCGGCUUGUCCUGCAGCACGUCUCCAAAUUGACCACCGACCAGCACCACCAAUCGCUGCAACACCCGCAGCAGCAGCAGCCGUUCAUCAAGACGGAAGACAUCGAGCUGACACCGUCGAGUUCCAGCGAGGUGGUACUAAAAGCGAUCGCAAACACGUUAGCGCAGCGUAAGAAGCUCAACGCGCAGGUGUCAAACUUGGAGAACGAGCUGAACCUGAUCGAGAAGAUGACCGAGGAGCGCAAGACGAUGGCGGCAAUGCAAACGGCAAUGGUUACCAGCAGCGCCAACAUCAGUAGCAGCAGCAGUAGCGGUGUUUCAACGGCCACUUCGACGAUUAUAUCCGUUGCCCGUGCUACGGAAGUGCGUGAACACGUACUGGUCCAUCCGGCCCACUCAACCGGGCACCAUCCGCGAGACCAUCAUCAUCCGAUGGAAAGUGGUGGUAUUGGUGUAGGAAAGCAGCAGCAUAAUACCCAAUCCGAUUCCGCUUCGCACGGGGUCGGCCACCGUGGUUCAUCGGGUUCCGUUCACGUGCCGCCACUACAACCACCCCCGCCGGCAGCCGCACUACCGCCGGUGACGGUAACGGUUCACACGACGAAGCAGAGUUCCGGUUCGUCGCGCUCGUCGCAGCGAAAGUCUCGGGAGCACCGUACGCGUUCGCAAGAGUGGCCCGAAAUUCCCGACAUUGGCAAGAUCGAGGAAAACAAUCCGGAGAUACUGGCGCAGAAGAUCCUCGAAACGGGCCGGCAGAUCGAGGCGGGAAAGCUGCUGGCGGCCGGAAAACAUUCUUCCAAGGAGCGUGGUGGCGGUGGUGGUGAUGGCGGCAAGCAUUCGAUGCAAGCAACAACAGUAGCAGGAGGAGCUUCGGGCGCGCCACUACCACCACCACCACCAUCACAGGCGGUGGCUGGCCCUCAACAACCUCCUCCCGUGAGUCAAUCCGGAGCAGUUGGCUCGGUGCCGUCGGCUUACCAUCAGGUGCACCCUGCCCACCAUCCUCAUCUGCAUCAUCCAGAUGCGGCACUGAUGCCCGCUCCUGCAUCGACGAUCAACAAAGGACAUCAUCAUCAUCGCAGCAACAGUGCUGGAUCGUCAGGUGUCCCAUCGGGUGUUGUUCCGAACUCGGGCGGUGGAGGGAACAGCGUUAGUAGCGGUGGCGGUGGCGGUGGUCUUCCAAAAUGCUAUGUACCUGGAUCUUCGGCGAUCGAUCUUCACAGUGGCGCACGGAGCGAGAGUGGUGGACGGGGAAGUGGGAAACUGCACGACUCGCAUAAGGUGGUUAACUUUGAGGAUCGUCUCAAGAGCAUUAUCACAUCCGUGCUGCAAGGACCGUCGAAAAGCGGAUCUAGCUCCUCAAAUGCUUCGAAUGGCGCCGCCCCAUCGGGAGCGGGUGGUUCGGGGAGUGCUUCAUCCGGUGGUGGACAGCGUGAGGUGAAUCACCAUCGUAGUGGCAGUGGUGGUCAUCCACAGCCCAUGAUGAUGGUGGAUCCGAUGGGAUCGUCGCCUAUAAAGUCGAGAUCGGCUGAAGGCUACGGACCGCCGGGGAGUGGUGGAAAAACAACCGUCUACCUACAGUCUUCCGGCGCUCAUCAUCAUCCUUCAAUGGUGGUGCCUCACGACAUGUCCUCACGAUCUCCUUCUUCCGGUGGUCCAAGUCCAACGGCACAUCAUCUGUCGCAUCCGUCGCACCUGCAGCAGCAGCAGCAUCAUCACCAUCAGGGACCGAUGAGUCAGCAGCAGCAGCAGCAGCUUUUACACCACGGUCAUCCACCUCAUUCUCAACAUGCCCUACAACAGCACCAUCAGCAAUAUCAGCUUCAGCAGCAGCAGCAACAGGGCAUGUUGAACGUCAUCACCAGCGCGACGCACCAUCUAAACUCGAGCACCACAAUAACGACCUCGCCAGUGCCAACGUCGCCGUACAAAAUGCAUCCCACCGGGCCACCACCGCCGACGUCGAUGAGCGAUCGAUCGAAGAUCUCACCGAGUUCCAAGUACUACACGCCGAAGGGAGGACCAGCUGGCACCAGUUCACACCUGCACUCGCCCGGCUCGUCUUCCGGGGUCAGCACACAUCAGCAACUGCUCGCGCUACAGGAACGCGAGCUGCGCGAGCGGGAGCGGGCAAUGAUGUACGCGGCUGCCGCGGCAUCGGGCAGUGGUUUACCGCUCGAAGCGCACCACCUGCAUCAUCAUCCCUCCGCUCAUCACCAGCGGGCGAGUUCCGCAGCAUCAGCCAUGGUCGACGGUGGCAAGAUGAUGGAGUUUAAGGCGCCGGAAAACUUCCGCUACGAUCCCCGAGCUGCUGCCGGUGGCCCCCCUCCGUCGGCACUCGAUGUGUCCACCUCCGUUGCGCUGCAGAGUCAUUCGCGCAGUUCAUCGACGAGCUCGCUCGACGGCAUUCCGGCGGAUUAUGGACCACCGCCAAAUUCCGGUGGCGGAGCUGUUCGGUACAUCGCGAUAAACAGUGGCGGAGGGCAACAGCAACAACCGAUACCACUGGUCACCCAUUCGCCCGGUGUGUCAUCGCAAGGAGGAGGUGGAGGAGGAGGAGGAGGAUCCUCUUCGUCGCAACACGGUGGUAAUAAUUCGCGCCCCGGAUCAUCCUCAUCGCAGCCAGACUACACGCAAGUGUCACCGGCAAAGAUGGCCCUCCGGCGGCACCUUUCGCAGGAGAAGCUAACCCAUCCUUCCGCUGGCGGUGGAGCCGGACCACCAGGUGCCGCCGCCGGUGGAGGAGGAGCCAGUGGUAUGGCGAAAACGAUCGGUGAUCUGGUGAACGGUGAAAUCGAACGUACACUCGAGAUAUCGAACCAGUCGAUUAUAAACGCGGCGAUAAAUAUGUCCGCCCAGCAGCAGCAGCCGACAGUGACGCCGCCUGGUGCGAACAACGCAUCGGUAGUGGCCGGUAGUGGUGGUCCACCGCCAUCCUCCGCCAGCCAUACGGUGAUCAACACGAACGUCCAGCGCCCGGAACGUGUCAGCAUCCGGGUGCUAGAGGACGGUGGACAGGUGGCCGUCGGACCACCGCCGGGAACGUACAGUCCCAUUUCGCGCCCGGGAAGCGUCGGCGAGCCGAGUAAAUCACCCGUGCACCUGCACGGUCAGAACAAUCUCGCCACACUGUCGCAGGUCGUUGCGUACAAUGCGAAAGCACCGGCCACCGCACACAAGGGAUCGUCUUCGGGAGGAGGAGUACCUUCGACGGGAGCGAUCGUGUCGCCGCGCGGAGCAGUGGUUGCCACGCAGCAGCAAUAUUCACCGGCCUCCUCGGGGCCUGUUGGUGGAGGAGGCCCCCCCGGUUCGUCCAGCAGUGUCUACCAGCAGCAGGCACCUUCGGCCCGCCACGAGCGACAUCCCGGCGAACCGAUGCCGUACAUGGCACUGCCCCGGGCGGACAUGAAGCCCUACCUGGAGUCGUACUUCACCGACGAGCACAAGCGACAGCAGUUGCAACAUCAGCAACAGCAGCAACACCAACUCCAACAUCAACAUCAUCACCUCCAGCAUCCCGUGCAAUCUCCGUCGCCAUCCAGCAUGGGACAUCCGGGGCAGCAGCAGCACCACCACCACCCGGCACACGGUAUGCAUCAUCGCGGUGUACAUCCGAUUGAUUUGCAUCGUGGGCCGGCAGUAGCGAUGACCGAGGCCGGAAUGAUGUCUCGAUCGCGCGAGAUGCUCAUGAUGGAGGAAAGUCGAAUGGAACGGAUCAAUGGUGGCCCUCCGCUGGAAGGUCUGGCUGCUUCAUUGCAGGCACGUGUUAUAGCAACACUCAAGAUCAAGGAGGAAGAUGAGGAGCGUCAUCGGCGGGAUUUGGGCAUCCAUCAUAGCGCUUCCGCGGCACCCACCAGCAGCAACAAUAGUAGUAGUAGUAUUAGUAAUAAUAGCAAUAUCCACGGUGGAAGCCUUCCGAUAGUACAAACUGCACACAUAAAGUCUGAAAAAUACACCUCAUCCUCGUCUUCAUCAUCCACCUCGUCCUCGUCGUCCUCGUCCUCGUCGCUGGCUUUGAAACGAACCUCACCGAUCGUGGAACAUCCACCCGGCACCCGUCCGCCCAAGAUGCUCUACACAUCUUCGUCGGCUUCGGUAGUCAGCGCGUCCGAUUGUUCCGAUGCAAUGAUUGCCGGCAAUCCUGAACUGCUGCAGCACGUGUCCCGAGGUGGUGGUGCUGCACCGAACAGUGCCCCAACCGGUGCCGUCGUUGGUCGCGGCGGGCUACUCGUAGCGCCACCGCUAGUGAUGAGCCCGGAAAUAAACUCCGUGGUGGACGAUGGGGGUCGCCAUCAUCUCCACCAUCAGAUGCACGCCAUACGCCACCAUAACCACCAUCAUCAUCAUCAUUCACGGAACGACGUUGACGAUGACGUGGUUGGUGACGACGAGUCAAGUUGGCAUGAUCGCGUUAGUUCCGGGUUUGAUCGGCUGGUUGCAUUUGCCUCGACCGAGCUGGACAAAACACGCCGCUCGAACGAAGAUGCGCCACCGUCCUCAACCAGUUGCACCACAUCACCGGACAGUGGAAUCAACCAGAGUGAUCACAGCAGUCGGACGUUCUUGUCGUCGUCCUCGUCGUCCUCGCAGCUCGAUGUGCCACCGAGCAGUGCUAGUGCUGGCAGCAGCAGCAGCAGCCUAAGCAGCAACAGUAGCAACAGCAGCAGCAGCAGCAGCAGCAGCAGCACCGGCAGCAUCAUCAGUGGUUUGGUCGGUUCCGGGGGUAACGCUGGCGGGGCACCGCACGGUGGUGGAGGCAACGGUGUCGGUGGCGUUGGCGGGCUAAUGAUGAAACACAUGGUACCGAUCAUCAAAUCAUCGCCGGCCGAACCGGUCGACAGUCCGCCACUGUCGGACGUGGGUCUUCCGCGGACACCGAGCCCAUCCUCGAGUCCGCCACUGCUCUUUGGCCAUCCAACAGUGUCGACGAUCGCGACCGGAGUCACAACCUCCGUUGUACAACCGUCCCAGUUGCAUCCAACAAGUAGUACCGGUGGCGCUACAAGUACCACCAGCAGCACUGUUAUGGCAGCAGGAAACUCCAACAGCAACAGCAGCAACAGCAGUAGCCUCGGUAUACCCCUCAAGUAUCAACGUCAAUCGAAGUCGUCUUCAUCCUCUUCCGAGAAGCACUACAAGAAGAAGUUCCGCGAACGCAACUGGGAAGAGUACGAGGAGAGUCUGAGCGGUGGCCGGAACAGUGCGAUCAGUGGUGGUGAACCAGCCGAUGGAGGCGAAAUCGUCAACGUAGGAACGUCCGCUUCCGGAAAUGUUUCAAACGUCGUAGGUGCUGAUGGCAAGAUCGGUAAUGCAGAUCAUCACCAGGGAAUACCGCAACAACAACAGCAACAACAACAGCAACAACAGCAACAGCAACAACAACAACAGCAACAGCAACAACAACAACAGCAGCAGCAACAGCAGCAGCAACAGCAACAACAACAACAACAGCAACAGCAGCACAAGCACAAAUCGGCCAAAUUUCGACCGAAAGGCAAGGAUUGGAACUGGGACGACGAACAUUCAAACGCGUCGUCCGGUUCGGCUACGUCCUCUCGGACGGGUCGCUCGGCGGGUGCAAGCGGUAACACUAAUUGAUUGAUCGUGCAGUAGUAAUGACACCAUCUUGUUGUUUUUUUCCUGCGAUCAUGUUGUUUCCUUUAAUCUGUCGAUCUCUAGGCCAGAGGAUCAAUAAUGGAUUUUGUUUCACGUGUUCAGUUCCUUCACAGAACUUCCAAAACGUCUCUAGUUGUACUUUCUAAAACCGCAGUCGAUAAUUAUUUAGGCUAGAUCUUGUUUUUUUUUUUUGUAGAAUUUAUUCAAUUUCGCGGUCGAAACGUUUUGCUCAAUUAAUAAUUAAUUUCAAUGCGAUGAACGUCUUUGAACUGAAUUACGAAAUUCGAGGCAUUUUUUUUUCUACUAACAUUAGAAGCUUGGAAAAACAUUAUGGAAGUAUCAUAAAUUUGUCCUAAAAUCAACGUAACAACACACACCACCAUAAUGACGGUUAAUUGAAAAGAAAUAAUGUGACAUGCAACAAAAGCUUUUGUUAUUUCGUUUUUUUGCGCAUAUCAAGUUUUUAACAUGAAAUUAUUUGUGAGAAUUAGAAAGGAUGAAAUUGUGAAGUUUUGGUACAACAGUCGAUUGUAAUUUUCUUACUUUCUAUUAAAGGAUAAAAGCGUGACAUAUUUUUGCAAAGAAGUUGUCAUUUCAUAUUCAAUCGUACCAGUACCCUGUAUGCAACGACGAUAGGAGUUAGGUUUCUUUUUACUGCCACAAAUAAUUCCGAUGCUUCCUUGGGCAGUAACAAAAAAGGAAACACACAAAACGAAACGUGUAGCGGCCGCGACUAAGACUGAUUUGAAUUGUUUCACUUGUUAACUGCCAACUUAUUCUUUUAAACGAGUCAUAUUACUCCAUCCUGCCACUUUCGCGAAGAGUUAGGCUGUGUUUUUAGGUUUCGAUUUUUCGGAGGGAACACUAAACUUAUCCCGGAGACACGGAACAGGCCGGUAGUAAAGUUAAAUUUAUUCCUUUGAAACUUUUGAACCAAACAUCUAGUGCAUCGUCAAGCAUUUAUCCUAAAACCUCUUUGAAGUCGUUCCGAAGUCGUCGAACAGCGAAUUCUUCCCGCAUACUAAACGCUCCAUCAAAUGCUUACGUUUCCGUUCUUGUU